CUGCCAUCCUUAAUUAACACCACGCUCCUGUGGGAUCUAUCCAAUCCAUCUACCAAUCCAUCUACCAAACUAUCUACCAAAGAAUCUCCAAACAAUGUCAAGAAUCGGUGUCUUCCCCGCCGCCGGCGGCCUGGGAUCCAGCAUCGUCAAGCACCUCCUCAACCUCGUCCCCGCAUCACAGCUCGUCUUAAUCGCGCGGAAGCCCGAGUCUCUAUCAAAGGAAGCUGCUGCUGGUGCCACGGUACGCCACGCAGACUACGAUGAUCCCGCGACACUGGACCACGCAUUCGAUGGCGUGGACGUGCUAAUGCUCAUCUCCUAUGCCUCGUUCGAGAUCGAGCACCGAUUUAAUGCGCAUAAAAAAGCCAUCAACGCGGCGCAGAAGUCCGGCGUGAAACACAUUUUCUACUCCUCCCUCGCAUUCGCAGGGAACUACAGUGACCACUCCGUCGCGCAUGUCAUGGGCGCGCAUCUCCAGACAGAGAAAUUCCUGUCUGAACUUGACGCUCCCAUCACGUAUACUUCUAUCCGUGAAGGCCUGUACUCGGAGUCUUUCCCGAUUUAUACCUCUUGGUUUGAUUUGAAGAAUCCGAAGAGCGAGAUUACCAUCCCGCAUGACGGGUCUGGGCCUGGUGUGGCUUGGGUGAAGAGAGAUGAGCUGGGCGAGGCCAGUGCGAGGUUGGUUGUUGACUAUGCUACGUCCACGGGAGGGAAUGUUGCAGAGGACUUUCCGUAUGUUAAUAAGAUUGUCCUUCUUACGGGGCCGAGGGUGGUGAGUCUGAAGGAGACGGCGGAGGUACUGGGAAGGGUUUCUGGGAAGGAUGUGACGAUUCGGCAGAUCAGCGUUGAUGAGUAUGCGAAGCUACAGCAUGAAGGCAAGCAUACGUACCAUGGGGUUGAUUUGGCGAGGGAAUGGACGACUGCUUGGGAGGCGAUCAGGCGUGGCGAGACGGCAGUUGUUACGCCGACUUUGGGUGAGAUAUUGAAGAGGGAGCCAGAGGACUAUGAGACUACGAUUCGAGGGUUGCUGUAGCUCAGUGCAUGAAAUAGACUGCUAGGAGCCCUUCCAUUGGACUAUCUAUUCUUACAAUAUGUCCCGAGUGAGGUGGCAAUGGGAUGCUCUGAGAAUAUGUUAACACUCGUAAACUACUGGAGCCUUUAACAGGCCUUGUUCAGGCAAUACAUUAAUGGGGGCAGUAUUUGAAAAGCGAU